AUGUCGAAGGCUGUUGUGAAAACCACCUUCGAGGCGUCCCGGACCCUCCGCCCCAUUUAUACCGGUGGCAGUACAGCGCUUGAUGCCAGUGGUCGCAUUUUGCUGUCUUGCGUCGGCGAGGAUGCUUUGAUCGUAAAUUUGGAGACUGGUGACCAGCUCGCCAGUCUGGAAGGCGAUGGAGAAAUCAUCACAAGCUUGGCCCUUACACCCUCCGCAUCGCACGCCAUUGUUUGCUCCCGGUCUAUGUCGAUGCGCAUCUACUCCCUUUCUCCUUUCGAAGAAAGCUCGCAAUCAAUUGAAGCAAAGCUUCUCCGAACUCUCAAACCCCACCCCUCCCCGGUGGUCACAACUACGAUCGAUCAGACCGGCACAUUGCUUGCUACUGGUGGCGCUGACGGGUCGAUUAAGGUCUGGGAUAUCCGAGGUGGAUAUGCUACACACACCUUCCACGAUCGCGGAGUCAUCUCCGCACUCUGCUUUUUCGAGGUUUCCUCUUCUGGAGAACAAACCAAAUCUUCGAAGAAGUCCAAGCGCAAGGAUGAAGAUGAGGACAUGGAUGAUGCUACAGAGUCGACGGCUGGGUUCCGUUUAGCCUGCGGUAGUGAUGAGGGCAAGGUUCGGGUCUUCGAUUUGCACAAAAGGAAGGCGGUUGCGACGCUUGACUCGCAUGUCUCCCUGGUGCGCAGCCUUUCGUUUUCGCCUUCAGAGAACGCAUUGCUGUCCGCAAGCCGAGACAAGACAGUCAUCAUUUGGGAUGCUCGCACUUGGAAAACCCGCAGAAUCAUCCCUGUUCUUGAGAGUGUGGAGGCUGCUUCAUUCAUCGCAGACAGUGGCCUGUGCGUGAUUGGUGGUGAAAAUGGUAAACUGCGGGUGUGGGACUGCAACCGGGGUAGCGAAAUCACCGAGGAACAAGAGGCGGGCGAGGAAUAUGAAAGCGUUAUCUCUAUCCAGUACUUGCCCGGCCUGUCCUAUGUUAUGACGGUUCAUGCAGACCAGACUAUCCGCAUGCAUUCGAUUGAGCCGUUGUCAGACUAUAAGCCAGGAACGCAAAUGCCUGCUUUGGCAGUCACUCGCCGUAUCUCUGGAAAUGACGACGAGAUCAUUGAUUUGGCUUUCGUUGGACCGGACCGAUCAAUGCUUGCUCUGGCCACCAAUACUGAGAGCAUUCGUGUGGUCUCUGUUGCUCCAUCCGAAGACAGGCCAUCAGCCGAAGGCGAGGAGUUCUUUGGUGCCGAUAUUGCCCAUCUCGAGGGCCACGAAGAUAUCAUCAUUGCCCUUGAUGUAGAUUGGUCUGGUCACUGGCUCGCGACAGCUGCCAAGGAUAACACUGCUCGACUUUGGCGUCUUGACCCCAAAAGUUCAUCUUAUACCUGCUUUGCUAUCUUCACUGGACAUGCCGAAUCUUUGGGAGCUAUUGCCCUGCCUCGAACACCACCACAAGCUAGCAGUGGUGCUUAUAAAAACCCGCUUGACCACCCGCCUGCAUUCAUGAUCACUGGUUCUCAGGAUCGCACUCUGAAGCGUUGGGAUACUGGCAGACUGAGCCCGCUCAAGGCCGGGACCGACAAGACACACUCCCCCAAGGCGAUUUACACCAGAAAAGCACACGAAAAGGACAUCAAUGCUCUAGAUAUUGACUCAUCAUCUACUCUGUUUGCCUCCGCAUCCCAGGAUCGGACCGUGAAGAUCUGGGAUGCUGACGAGGGUACCCCAAUUGGUGUUCUGCGUGGUCACAAGCGUGGUGUUUGGUCCGUCAGAUUCGCUCCUCGGGACACGCCCGUCAUCAACUCUGAUGCCGGAACCAGCACAUCUCGAGGACUGAUCGCCACAGCUUCAGGUGACAAGACUGUCAAGCUCUGGUCUCUGUCCGACUAUAGCUGUCUUCUCACAUUUGAAGGCCACACUGGAAGUGUGCUGAAGACUAUUUGGCUGCCGCCUCCACAAAUCUCCAAGGCCCAAACUGAUGACGAUGAAGAGGACAAGGCCACUAAGAACGCUAUCCAAACAAGGCCUCUUAUCGCCUCAGCAGCCGCUGACGGUCUGGUCAAGAUCUGGAGCCCGUACACUGGUGAAGUAGAGACUGUGCUGGACAACCACACCGACAGAGUCUGGUCACUUGCCAGUCCCACCCCGUCUGGCUCACGCUCCGACGUCAAGCCUACCUCCUCUACAUUCAAACCCCCCUUCGCCCUCGCCUCCGGUGCCGCAGACGCCACUGUCACUAUGUGGUCCGACACCACCUCCGCCACCUACACCGCCGCCGUGAACGCCAACUCCGAGCGCGUCGAGCAAGACCAGCAGCUGCAGAACUACAUUCGCGCUGGCGCCUACCGUGAAGCUAUCACGUUGGCACUCCAGUUGAAUCACCCUGGCCGACUGCUCUCGCUCUUCACAAGCGCCAUCGAUUCUGCCGAUGACCCCAAACUCCCUGAAGAGGAGCGCAAACUCGCGGCAAACAGCUUGACUGGUAAUCCCUCUAUUGACGAGGUGCUCCAGUCGCUCGAUGCAGUGAACCUGCGUACCUUGCUCCUGCGUGUGCGGGACUGGAACACCAAUGCGCGCACCUCGCGCGUUUCUCAGCGCAUUCUAUAUGCCCUGUUCCGGUCGUACCCUGCUUCUACAUUCGUUGAGCUGGCGACCCAGUCUUUCCGUGGCAAGAAUGGGCAUUCUUCCGCCGGAUUGAAGGAUAUCUUGGCUGCGCUGGCUGCCUACACUGAGAGACAUUACAAGCGCGUUGAAGAGCUUACCGAUGACUCUUAUCUGGUGGAGUGGGUGCUAGGUGAGAUGGAUGGUGGUGUUGGACUUGGCGGGUUGAAGAGUCUUGAUCUGAACCAGGCUGAUGAAGAGGAGCACGAGAAAGAUGUGAUUAUGUUGGAGGGUUAA